CCUAAAUUUCUAGUCCUACGCUUUUCUCUCCUCUUCCACUCUCAUAUUCUCUCUUUUCCCCUUCUCCGCCGCUGCCGUCUCCACGCCCUCACAACUACUUCUCUUUCUUCUCCUUUUUAUACGCAGCUCCGCCAUCUCUCGACUCCUGUAAUUGAAUUCUGCUGGGAUAAACUAUCGUUCUUCGAUUUAACCACAUAAAAAAAUGGUGAAUAAAGUCACCAGGAAGAAGCAUUACAGGCCUCCGGGGAAGAAGAAGGAGGGCAACGCAGCAAGAUAUGUGACCAGGUCGCAGGCUGUGAAGCAGCUGCAAAUUGGUUUGCCACUUUUCAGGAAGCUAUGCAUUUUCAAGGGAAUAUUUCCUCGAGAGCCAAAAAAGAAAUUUAAAGGAAAUCAUCACACUUACUACCAUUUGAAGGACGUUGCUUUUCUUCAUCAUGAACCACUUUUGGAGAAAUGUAGAGAGAUUAGGGCGUAUGAAAAGAAGAUCAAAAAAGCUGAUGCAAAGAAGAAUAAGGAGCGUGCAAACUUUCUAAAAGAAAACAAGCUUACAUAUGGAUUAGGCAGAAUAAUAAAGGAGAGAUACCCAAAAUUCAUUGAUGCACUUAGAGAUUUGGAUGAUUGCCUCUCAAUGGUGCACCUUUUUGCGGCAUUACCCGCACAAGAGAGGUUAAAGGUUGAGGCAAAGCGCAUUCAUAAUUGUCGGAGGUUGGCUCAUGAAUGGCAAGCAUUUAUUUCUCGAACUCAUAAACUACGAAAAGUCUUUAUAUCUGUGAAAGGCAUUUACUAUCAGGCUGAGGUAGAAGGUCAAAAGAUUACAUGGCUUGCCCCUCAUGCACUGCAUCAGAUAUUGACUGAUGAUGUUGACUUAACUGUUAUUCUUAACUUCAUGGAAUUUUAUGAGAAUCUUCUUGUCUUUGUGAACUAUCGCGUAUAUCACUCAAUUAAUUUGGAGUAUCCACCGAUUCUGGACCCUCAUUUGGAGGCUUUGGCAGCAGAUCUUUAUGGUUUGUUAAGAUACUUUGAUGCCAACACGAGAGCUUCCCUAUUAAAUUCCCAGACUUCUAGUUCAUCUGAAUUUGGACAAUUAGAUGCUGAAGACUCUGAGCUUAGACUUGCGCAGCUUCAACACCAGCUUCCCUUAAAUGAGCCAACUGCAUUGAUGCAUCUUGUUGAAGAUGCAGCUGGUAUGGAUGAGGAUGAGGAUGAUGAUACUAGAGAAUGCAAGAACCUUUUUAAGAACAUGAAGUUCUUCUUGAGCCGUGAGGUUCAUAGAGAAUCACUGCUUUUCAUUAUUCCUGCUUUUGGUGGCAUGGUUUCGUGGGAAGGAGAUGGAGCACCAUUUAAGGAAUCUGAUAAGACCAUUACCCAUCAGAUUGUUGACCGGUCAACACAGACUCACAAGUUUCUCUCUAGAGACUAUGUUCAGCCACAAUGGGUUUUUGAUUGUGUGAAUACUCGGAUGAUCUUACCGACUGAGGAUUAUUUGGUGGGAAGGGAUCCUCCUCCACACUUGUCACCUUUUGUUGACAAUGAUGCAGAAGGAUAUGUUCCUGAUUACGCCGUGACCCUUAACAAGUUGAAGGCAGCUGCCAAAAAUGAAGUCUUGCCAUUGCUGGGAGUAGGGAAAGAAGAUUUGGAUGAUCCUCAGAAAUUAUUGGAAGAAGGUGUCAUUGAUCGAGCUAAGGCUAUCGAAGCUGCUGAGAAGAAACAAAAGAUGAUGGCUCUUGAGAAACAAUAUCAUGAUGAGUUAAAAUUGGAGCUUCAAGGAGUAAAGUAUUCUUCAGCUAUUUCAAAUGUCGAUAAGCAGUUGCCUGAACAGGAGAGUGAGGGUGGUGAGGAUACCAACCUCCCUGAUUAUCAACAAAUAGCCGAAGAUACAGAUAACCUGUCAAAGGUUAUGAUGUCACGGAAGAAGAAAAAUCUUUAUGAAGCUAUGCAGAUUGGUAAAAGAACGAAGAAGGGUAAAAUUGAUCUUCUCAUUGAAAGGAAGAAAAAGCAUAAAGAAUCUCACAAAGCGCAGUAAGUCAAGAGCUACCACAAUUUUGUCCUAUAUUUGUAGUAUUAUAUAUUUUGGAUGGAUGGCUAGUUCAAAGCAUUUGAGCCUUGUGUUGUUUAUGUCUCACUUGAUGAAGGUUAUUCUCAAUGUUAUGUUUCUCUUUUUCAUAGAAUUAUUACCAUCAAUUACUUUCUACUUUUAGAACU